AUGCAGAGCGGCGGCCGCCGUGGCCAAUCACGAGCUCACAAGGGACCUCCCUUGACGUCGGGGCUGGGAGUGCGGCGUGGGGGCGGUGCCCGCGCUUGCCGGCGGGCGUCGAGGUGGGAGAGCGGCGGAAGUAACGGCCCUUGGUUGUUGAGGCCAACAUAUGCCAAGUUGGGAGAGGAGACCAAAAAGCCAAGUUGUGAUUUUUAGUGAAGUCACGUAAGGUUCCUUACAUUCCUGCACUGUUUUUGUGGCCCUUUGGGCUGACUGAGCUAGUCAAAUUGUGUGCCUUCUAGCCUGGGUGGCAAAAAAACCCAUCUACUGCAUUGGACCAGCAAUUGAUCACUAUGAAGGUCUUGUAUUGUCAGCAGAAUUCUCCUGGAGAGGAAAUUACAUUUGUCUUCCAGGAAAGAGAAAACCUUCCUCCUACAAGAGACAACGAUGUGAAAGUACAAGUUAGAGCCUGUGCACUGAGCUGGAUAGAUACAAAGCUUCUGUCAGAAAUUAAACUGGAGAAGGAGCUUCUACCUGUUGGUCGAGAAAUUUCUGGAGUCGUAUUGGAAGUUGGAAGAAAGGUAACCUUUUUUCAGCCAGAUGAUGAAGUGGUGGGAAUUUUGCCUCUUGAUUCUGAAGAGUCUGGUCUUUGUGAAGUUAUUCUAGUUCAUGAGCAUUAUUUGGUUCAUAAACCAGAAAAAGUUUGUUGGGCUGAAGCAGCUGGGACUGUUCGUGAUGGUCUCCGAGCAUACACAGCUUUACACUACCUUUCCCAAGCCUCUGCUGGAAAAACUGUUCUCGUAAUGGAUGGAGCGAGUCCAUUUGGUACAAUAGCUAUUCAGUUAGCACAACACAGAGGAGCUAAAGUAAUCUCUACUGCAAACAGUCUUGAAGAUAAGCAGUACCUGGAGAGGCUUAGACCUCCUGUGGAAGGUAUGCGGCAGCUUUUGGUAGCUCGAGUGAUAGAUGUGUCAAAUGGAAAGAUAGAUGUGGCAGAAAGCUGCUUGGAAGAAACGGGUGGCCUGGGAGUGGAUAUUGUUCUAGAUGCUGGAGUAAAACAAUUUAAAGCUGAAGAUGAAUCAACAUUAAAAUCACAGUUGCUGCCUCAUAAGCAUGAUAUCAUUACUCUUCUUGGUGUUGGGGGACACUGGAUAACAACAGAAAAAAAUCUUCAGCUGGAUCCUCCAGACUGCCAUUCCUUGUUUCUUAAAGGAGCCACAGUCUCCUUUCUGAAUGAUGAGAUAUGGAACUUGUCCAAUAUACAGCAAGGGAAGUAUCUCUCCAUCUUAGAAGAUAUAAUGGAGAAAUUAUCAAGGAACAUUUUCAGGCCUCAGCUGGAUGAACCAAUCCCAUUGUAUGAAGCAAAAGUUACUAUGGAAAUAGUUCAGAAGAAUCAAGCAAGAAAAAGACAAGUCAUCCAGUUCUGACACACAAUUUCCUGAUUUCAAAGUCUGUGGAAGAUAAAGAAAUGUAAUGUAUUUGAGAAGUAAAUUAGUGGACACUUUCACAUAAUGCUGUAACCAGAAUUUAAACAUCUUUUGUACUCCAGCAGAAAUGGCCUGUGAAGCUCCUGUGACUUCAGGGGUUUUUUUAUUCAGUUGAGAGCAGAAUGUUCCCAUCAGCAGCUUCUAAAGAGGCCGCCUUGACACACAUCUCUUGCCUGCCCUACCACAGUCACAAUUGUCAGUAACAUCUACAGACAAACUCAGUUGCCAUGGUUUUUCAACCAUAAGAAAUUAAAGGGAGAAGAAAAAAGAAAAGGGUGGUUUUUAUUAGUCCUCCAUUCUACAGUCCCUACCAGUAGUCACCUCUAUAUUUAUCUUUUGUUUUUGACAGCAACUGAGACUGAGCACUCUUUGAGGUACACUUAAAGCCUUUAAUCCACAUUUUAAAUUGAUAUUUAAUUGAAAGCUAAACCCAUCAGAAUUGGCAAGGAUGCUAGAGGAGAAGGAUGAUAAACUGACAGUAAGAGUUCCCCCCACAGCUGAUUUUUUUUUUGUUUAUUUUUGGUUUUGUUCUUGUUAAUUCCGGCAAUCGGGCAGUAAACCUAGUAAAUCUAGAGUUCACAAGCUGAUACAAUCAUGUCAUUCAGAUGUUUGAGGCACUUUAUAUAUCUCAUUACUGUAAUGGUUAUCUUUGAUAUCUUUCCAGUAAGGCCUUCCUAUGCUGUGAACUUUCACUUCCUCUCAUUUAACCUCAGUCCUACGCCUGGCACAGCUCAAAUGUGUUUAUCCAACAUCUUCCAUUACCAUGCACCCUCUGCAAAUCAGCAGCAGGGACAGAGCUUCUGUUUUUUGUUCUUGAAAGUGUGUGGCUUCCUGCUUGCUCUUAUUUCAGCACAAAAAUAUUUUUCAGCUGUGCUAUUCAUUUUUUCACUGUGUGGAUGGUUCAAACAGUGGACAUUAGCUUUUUGAAGCCAUGUAAGAAGUUGAAACAUUUAAGUAGAUAAAACACAUUAGCUGGAGCCAUGAUUAAUCUGUCUUCUAGCAUUCACCAGACCUGUAGUGGAUUCUUGAUAAGCAAUGCAAGGGGAGCACAUAGAAGCAUGAGUAAAUCUUAUUUUAUUACUAAAGUGAUGCAAUGCAGCCUUGAAAACAAGUAAUGCUUUUACACACAUGUGUGUACACACACAUCUAAAGCAUGUAAAUAAUCUGUUAGACAUUUAUUCUGAAGCUGUGUACCUAGCUGCUUUUUUUCCCGAUAUUGUUCAUUUUAGCUUAAAUGUUUGCAAAAUAAAGUAGACCAGAGGAAACAAAAUAAGAGUUUUAAAAUAGGGUUUAAUAAAACAGGAACAACCACUGACAAAA